AUGGCAUGUCGUUGCUUUGAUUACCAGUCAAAAGGACAUCAUUGUAUCACAACAAGUAUGGACGAAGAUGGUCCUCAGAUUCGAGUGAAAUUUGUGACAAAGGAUGCGUCCAUCCGCGUGACAGAAACGCCGUUUGCAGUACCCACGCACUUAAAUCGACGUGGACUCUCUCAAGUGGUCAACCAUUUACUGAAUACUGGCAAUUCUUUGCGACCUUUUGAUUUUCUUAUCAACGGCUUAUUUCUACGCUCGUCAUUAUUCAAGUAUCUACAAACGCACGGCUUAUCAGAUGAAGCUCUGCUUACGCUAGAGUACGUGGAAGCACUACCUGAGCCACAGAAUCACAAGAAGAACGACCUUCCAGAUUGGGUCAGUGCAAUAGCUGAUUUAACUGACGAUUUUGUCGUGACUGGCUGUUAUGAUGGUGUGCUGCGUGUGUUUGACACUCAAGGAGACUGCCAGGCAUCAGUAAAAGCACAUCAAGGAGCUAUCAAAUCAAUUAGUGUGGCUUCCUGCGAUAAAAGUGGAGAGUUUGUGAUUGCUAGCAGUGGAAAAGAUCAGCUUGCGCAGAUAUGGCGAUAUUCUGUUAAAACGGCCGAUUUGUCACCAUUGGCGAUGUUGACUGGUCACUUAAAUAGUGUUGACAGUGUGCAGAUGCAUGCUUCAGGAAAGCGAGUAAUUACGGGUAGCUGGGACAACACGGUACGAGUGUGGCAGAAUCCAAUCGAUUUAAAUGUUCCAAGUGAUCAGCGCUUGACGAAAAAGCAGAAAAACACAGCGGAUGGCUCAAGUUCCGGAACCUUUCAACACCUCGAGGCUGCGAUCGUACUGACAGGUCACACGAGCUACGUGACAAGUGUUGCGUUUCGUCCUACGACUUCAAAGCAUGAUGAAGAUGUUGUUGUAUCCGCUGGCAGUGAUCGUGUUGUCCGCUUAUGGGAUUUCGUGACCCAAUCGUGCUCGCAGUCGCUUGUAGGCAACCGCGCCGUGUCCGAUUUGAGCGUGAAUGCUCACGGUUUGAUUCUUACAGCUCAUCCAGACCACUGUAUUCGUUUGUGGGAUCCACGUGCACAGCAGAGUGGCGAAAGUAUCGUGCAGCGCACCUUUCGAUCGCACAAAGCAUGGGUGAGUUCAGUGGCGUGGCAUCCCAACGACAAUAAUCAUGAGCAUCUGUUUCUAUCUGGUGGCUAUGAUGGUACGGCUAAGGUUUGGGACGUGCGUAGUACAAUUCCAUUGCACACAGUAAGCGCACACGAAGGAAAGUUGUUGGAUCUGUCAUGGCGAAACCAACACAAUAGCAACGUGGCUUUUGCCACAGGGGGCGACGACAAGAAGGUAAAUUUUUUUAGCGUAUAA